GCGGGAAGACUCCGAGAUCUGGCAGAUACUUGACAAGGCAGGAGGGCGUGUAUGUCCAGAACUGCCCAUUAUAAAGAAAGAUUAAUACCUUGGAGCCAGAAGAGUUCGCAUUCUUCUGCUUGACUGCACGUCUCAGAGCUAUCGCACGGCCGUCGUCGAUAUGGGCGCUUCAGCAUCAGUCCGGGCCUACCUGCGGUCCGACAAGUCAUCUCAAGAGAGGAAGCUUGUCCGCAAGGUCGACUGGUUCAUUCUAUCCUUUUGUUGCUUGAUGUACUUCUUCAAUUACCUUGACCGGAGCAACUUGACACAAGCUUAUGUCAGUGGCGCUAAGGAGGACCUCGACUUCAAAGGCAACCAGUUGACUCAGAUUACCACCAUCUUCACAUGUGGCUAUAUCGUUGGUAUGGUUCCUUGCAAUCUGGCAUUAUACUACAUCAAACCAAGGAUAUUCUUUCCUUCGAUGAUGGUGCUUUGGGCGGCUCUUACUAUGGUCACUGCUGCAGCACAGAAACCCGAGCAUAUCAUGGCAAUCCGAUUCUUCGUUGGCGUUGCCGAGUCCAGUACCUUUAUAGGCACCCACUACAUUCUGGGCUCCUGGUACACCGAGAAGGAAUUAGGCAAAAGAAGCGGUAUCUUUACCUCCUCUGGCCUUGCUGGAACAAUGUUUGGAGGGUUUAUUCAGGCCGGCAUUUACAAAAGCAUGAACGGCCUUCAAGGUCUGGCAGGGUGGAGAUGGCUGUUCAUAAUUGACGGCUUGAUUACUUUGCCAGUGGCUGUCUAUGGCUUUUUGUUGUUCCCAGACACCCCAUCGACGACGACAGCUCCUUAUCUUUCGGCUGAAGAACGUGCCUUGGCGAUGUCGAGAGUGCCCGAAGUGCCCGAACAAAAGCCUUUAUCCCUGUCGUUCGUCAAGCGGGUCCUCAAAUCAUGGCAGUUCUAUGGCUUCGUUAUGCUAUGGAUCAUUGCUGGCGAAACCGAGAGUUUCAGCUCGAACAGCUUGCUGGCGCUAUAUAUGAAGGCAGACCCGGAAGAAGACUACACGGUCUCCCAAUUGAACAACUAUCCGACUGGCGUGCCUGCUGUUGGUAUUGUAUCGACGCUCUUCUGGGCAACCUUGACCGAUUUUCUUGGUGGCAAAAGGUACCUGGUCGCAUACUGGAUUGCCAUCACAGGCAUUGUGACGUCGGCGAUUAUUCUUGCGCCCUCAACGUCUGUUGCUGGGCAUUUCGGAGCCUACUACUGGGCAGGCUCCGUGUAUGCUUGUCAAGCGACAUUCUUUGCCUGGGCAAACGAUGCCUUGAGAUACGAGGAAGAUUCCCUGCGAGCGAUGGUCAUUGCGUGCAUGAAUCUUGGAAGUAAUGCUGUCAAUGCGUGGUGGUCCAUUGUGUUCUAUUCCGCAGACUUCGCGCCCAAAUUCACGCGUGGCAUGUGGGCUAUGAUCGGCGUUAGCAUCGCAAUGGCGGCUUGGGCCUGUGGCUUGCAGAUUGUCGAAAGCAAGUAUAGGAAGGAUAGACCUACGGCGGCAAUGGGACGACCAGUGUCUGAGAACGUCGAGAAGGGUAUGGUUAGUGACAUGCAGAAAAUAUAGCUGGAUUACCCCUAUUAGGUGGGAAGAUGGCGGGCGUAGUAGUGUCUGAGCUUUGGCGGGGAGGUGACUGGCUGUGCGCGUUGUUGCUACUAUGGACCAUCGAGUACAACAACGUAAAAACCAGUAUUUGACCAAAGUGUCUCUUCGAAAGAUAUGGGAGCUUCACGUGGGAGGCGGCAAUAGUGAUGAUGUCCAUUAGGGGUGGAGAUCGGAAUCCUGGGUUAGAUCAAUAUGGGUCAAUAUGGGUGGUCCCUGCCAUCUCGGAGGGUUAUCUAGCCGUUCUGGCCGCGGAUGAAUUCACGUCCAUGGCCAUGCGAACACCCAUUCAAACUUAAG